AUGGCGUCCACAGCAACCCACCCAGACGCCUCGAGCCUCAUCCCCCGCGUCACCGAGUACGCCCGCGCCUACAUGGCCAACUACGACGGAUCCCACGACUUCAACCACAUCCGCCGCGUCCUCCGCCUCGCCCAACGCAUCUACGCUUCCGAGCGCGCCCGCGGCACCUCCGACGCCGAUCAAUCCCGCGCCGAGUCCAUGGUGCGCGACGUCUUGCUCGGCUUCGGCGCCGAUCCGGAGCUCGCGGACAGGGUGCAGGCCAUCUGCCUCGGCGUGAGCUAUUCGAGCGAGAUCAAGGACCGGGCCAAGGUGCAGAGACUCAUUGCUGUGUAUCCCGAAUUGGCCAUCGUGCAAGAUGCGGACCGGCUAGACGCGAUCGGCGCCGUGGGUAUCGGCCGGACGUUUGCCUUUGGCGGCGCAAAGGCCGUACCCUAG